ACUUUCGUUUACACCUGGAUCCCAUGACGCAGGUGUGUUUUGCAGCUUCUGACGUAGCCAAUGACCUGCCUCCUAUAACUACCCGAGGAAUUCACCUACAGCUGUUCACCUGUAGUCCAUGGGCGGCUGCGGCAGGUGCGAGGAAGACUCUGGGUGAGGAAGGACAUGAGGUUUUAUCCCCUCCGAGUUGGAUGUCUGUUGGCGGCCGCUUGUUUUCUGUCACUUUCUUGGAUAAAAUUCCAGCCGGAUGGCGGAGCACCAGACCUGCAGGCGCUGCACCAGAGGCUGUCGGUGGCUGAGGAGCUGGGAGGACAGGUCAGCAGGGACCUCAGCGUCAUCCUGGAGCAGCUGGAGAACAUGACCCGGUCCACCAACGCCAGCCACGGCUGGAGCAACGCAUCCAGCAGCAACACGUCCAGCAGCAGAAGCUUCACCUCAACCAUGAAGCAGCUGAAGUCUGAGCCUAGCAGGCUCCAGGGCAACAUGGAGCUCUACAUGCCCCACCUCAGGGAGUAUCCUGACAGCCUGCAGCCCCGUGUGGUGUUAGGGAGGGGGCGCCGCGGAGUGACCUUGGUGCUGGGCAUCCCUACGGUGAGGAGGGAGAAGCAGAGCUACCUGGUCAGCACCCUCAGCUCGUUGCUGAGCAGCCUGACCUCCUCAGAGAGACGCGACCUCCUCAUCAUCGUCUUCGUUGCCGAGACGGAUGUGGAGUAUGUGGACAGCGUGGCUGGCUCCCUCUCUGACAGUUUUCCUGAAGAAGUGCAGUCCGGCCUGCUGGAGGUGGUCUCCCCUUCGCAGCAUUACUACCCCGACUUCAACCUCCUCAAAGAGACCUUUGGAGACUCCAAGGAGAGAGUAAAAUGGCGAACUAAGCAGAACCUGGACUACAGCUUCCUGAUGCUCUAUGCACAAGACAAAGGAAGCUACUAUGUUCAGCUGGAGGACGAUGUGGUUGCAAAGACUGGUUACUAUAGCGACAUGAAGGCGUUUGCCACCCAAGCAGCUCCCAGCGAAUGGCUCUACCUGGAGUUCUCCCAGCUGGGAUUCAUUGGGAAGAUGUUUAAGACCAGCGACCUUCCAAUGAUCGUGGAAUUCUUCCUCAUGUUUCACAAGGAUAAACCCAUCGACUGGCUGCUGGAUCACAUCCUGUGGGUGAAGGUUUGCAACCCAGAGAAAGAUAACAAACACUGUGAUCUUCAGAAGGCCAUGCUGAAGCGGAGAUAUAAGCCCUCCCUGUUCCAGCACGUCGGCCUUCACUCCUCUUUGCCUGGAAAGCUGCAGCGUUUGAAGGAUAGGGACUUUGGGAAGCAGAGUUUGUUCCAGGCUCACAGUAACCCCCCUGCAGAGGUCAGCACCAGCAUGAAGUACUACCAGAAGCACAGUUUGCAGCGACUUUACGACGGAGAAGACUUCAUGUGGGCAAUCACACCCCUCCAGGGGGACUACAUCCUCUUCCGCUUCCCACAGCCCAUCCAAAUAUCUGGGUUCCUGUUCCGCAGUGGAAACAGCAAGGCCAUCGGGGAUAAGUUCUACAACACCACAGUGGAGGUGCUGCCCAGGAAUAAACCCUCUGGAGACUGGCCGCUCGGUGGCUCCGCCCCCAAACUCGAACAGUCCGAUGGCGAAUUCAUCGUGGUCGGGGAAUUUACCAAUGGAGUGGCUGAAGGGGAGAUCAAGAAAGCUCUGCAGCCAAUCACAGCUCUGCGCCUGGUGGUCCGGUCCGACUCAGACGUCUGGGCUCUUCUCAGUGAGGCUUACAUUAAAUUCUGAAGAGUUCAGAAGAUCCUCUCCUCAGGCGCAUGGCGCCCUCUGCUGGACCAGGAUUUUAACUACAGGAUUCUCUUCUACGGGCCAGAGAUGGAGGAGCUUCAGAGAUCUUCCUGAUGUUUGGUGUGGAUGAGGAGCUUAUAGCUGGCUGAAUGUGGACCGCAUGGUUUCCCCCAAAAGAACCAGUCAGAUCCAGUUUGAAGUGGGGCUGUAGAUUUGCGUUAAUAAACUGUUUAGAAUAUCACA